GUGAAAGACAGAGAAGUGACAGAAAACACUUCAACCUACACUGAGGAGAAAAUAUAGCUCACCAUGGCCUCUGAAUACACCAUGAAGGACCCCAUCUGUCUGGUGGAAAAUCAGAAUAAUCAGCUGACAGUAAACCCAACAGCACUGGAAAUUCUAGACAAGAUCUCUCAGCCUGUGGUGGUGGUGGCCAUCGCAGGUCUGUAUCGGACAGGAAAAUCCUACCUGAUGAACCGCCUGGCAGGACAGAACCAUGGUUUCCGUCUGGGCUCCACAGUGCGGUCUGAAACCAAGGGCAUCUGGAUGUGGUGUGUACCCCACCCCUCAAAGCCAGACCACACUCUGGUACUUCUGGACACUGAGGGCCUGGGCAAUAUGGAAACGGGCGACUCAAAAAAUGACUCCUGGAUCUUUGCCCUGGCCGUGCUUCUGAGCAGCAUGCUUAUCUACAACAGCAUGAGCAGCAUCAACCAUCAGGCCCUGGAGCAGCUGUACUAUGUGACUGAACUAACAAAGCUAAUCAGGACAAAGUCCUCUCCCAGCUCUGGUAAAGUAGAUGACUCAGCCGAGUUUGCAAGUUUCUUUCCAGACUUUGUUUGGGUGGUACGGGAUUUCAUGCUGGAGCUGAUGUUAGAUGGAUGCACCAUUACCGAAGAUCAGUACCUGGAGAAUGCCUUGGAGUUGGUUCCAGGCAAGGAUCCCCAAAUCCAGAAGUCCAACAUGCCUAGAGAGAAUAUCAGGAUGUUCUUUCCAAGACGAAAAUGCUUUGUCUUUGACCGGCCUACAACUGACAAAAAAUUAUUACUUCAUAUGGAGGAAGUGUCAGAAAAUCAAAUAGAAAUCAGUUUCCAGGAGCAAUCCAAAAAUUUCUGUCAGUAUAUCUUUGCACAUGCAAAACCCAAGACCCUCAGAGGGAGAAUCAUUGUCACUGGAAAUCGGCUGGGGACUCUGGCAAAGGCCUAUGUGGAUGCCAUCAACAGUGGAGCAGUGCCUUGUUUAGAAAAUGCAAUGAUAACCCUGGCUGAGCAUGAGAAUUCAGUGGCUGUGCAGAAGGCAGCCGACCACUACAGCGAGCAGAUGGCCCAGAGAGUGAACUUCCCCACAGACACCCUGCAGGAACUGCUGUCCCAGCAUGCAGCCUGUGAGAAGGAAGCCAUUGCAAUCUUCAUGGAGAACUCCUUCAAGGAUGACAACCAGGAGUUCCUGAAGAAUCUUGUGGGCACCAUGGAGGAAAAGAAGGGAGUUUUCUUGCUGCAGAAUGAAAAGGCAUCUGCCAAAUAUUGCCAGGCUCAACUUAAACAGCUUUCAGAGCCACUGUUGAAGAACAUUUUGAGAGGAACUUUCUCUGUGCCAGGAGGAUACAAUCUCUACGUAAAAGAAAUGGACAAGAUUGAACAUUCCUAUAACCUGGUACCCAGGAAAGGAGUGAAGGCAAAGGAGGUCCUCCAGAGCUUCCUGCAGUCACAAGCUGCAACAAAGGAAUCCAUUUUUCAGGCUGACAAAGCCAUCAGUGCUUGCGAGAAGGCUCUAGCAGCUGAGCAGGCCAACAAGCAGGCAGUGGAAAAUGAACAGCAGGUGAUAACACAGACACAAAAAAUGGAGGAUCAAGAAAAAAUCUCUCCCGAAAUCUUCGUCCAGCUGAAGAAUAUAAAGACAGCAAUAGAAAGGCAACUGAGAAAUCAGGAAAGAAUGCUGAAGCAAAAUAUGGAGAUGUUGGAAAAAAUAAACAAACAAGUAAAUAAACUGACAAAAGAUAUUGAAAAACAUGAAAACAACUCUUCAAUGUUCUCAAACCUGCCAAACCCUGCAGUAAUUGCAGCACUACUUGCGCUCAUCAAAGAUGAUUAAGCUCCUUUAUGAAAUCUGGUGAGAA